AUGUCUCCUACCUCCCAACCAAUUUCCGGGCACCUCGGCAACCUUACUCCUGACCAGGAAGCAAAGGUGAUUGAAUUCUGGAUCAUCAUUUUGACCUCUGUUGCGAAUGUCUUGUCAGCUGUGUAUGAGGUCCCGAUUCCAAAGGGCUCCUCCAGCAAGUUGUUUGCUGCUCUGGACAAGAUCAGCGAGCCGACCGUGGAGGCUAUUAUCAGCGCACUGAAGGGCCAAGGCGCCGAUGGAGAGACCUCGAAUGGGACCGCACCGGCGGAAGCAGGCGGCGAGACAAACGGGGAAGCCACUGCGAAAAACGAGACGGACAAUAAAGAGCAGAAAUCACUCGACAAAGUGGACUCCCUCAUGAAUGAAAAUGCCAAAGAGACUAUCAUUUCAGAAAUGGCCAACCGAAAAGUCACGCCGGCACACUUCUCCUCCAUUUUCUCGCAACUCCGAGAGCUGGGCGUACAGGAUGCAGAGAUUAAGUCCAUGGAAAAUAUCCUUUCCACGCUGACGCCCCAGGAAAUGUGCUUUGCGAUCUUAAAGAUGAUCAAGCAGGAAAACCCUGAUAGCUUAUUGCUCCGGUUCUUGCGCGCUAGGAAAUGGGACGUUGGAAAGGCAUUCUCGAUGAUGGCGUCGAACAUCCUGUGGAGGAAGGAAAUGGAGGUUGACGAAGAGAUUCUACCCCGGGGAGAGGAAUAUGCUUUGGAGCAAUCCCGUAAUCCCAAAGCUACCCCGAAGGAGAAGAAGCAAAGUGCCGACUUUACCAACCAACUCAAGACAGGAAAAAGCUUCCUUCAUAGCUUCGACAGGGAUGGUCGACCUGUUAUCUAUGUGAGAGUGAAGAUUCACAAGCCAGGUGCCCAGAGUGAAGAAGCCCUCGAGCGUUAUAUUGUUCAUUGCAUUGAGUCAGUGAGACUGAUCGUGGCUCCUCCGGUUGAAACGGGCACAAUUGUCUUCGACUUGACAGGAUUCGGGUUGUCCAACAUGGAAUACCCACCAGUUAAGUUCAUCCUCAAAUGCUUCGAAGCGAACUACCCCGAGUCUCUGGGCCAACUGCUCAUCCAUAACGCACCCUGGAUUUUCUCCGGUAUCUGGAAACUCAUCCAUGGCUGGAUGGACCCCGUCGUCGCAUCGAAAGUGCAUUUCACCCGAUCAAUCGCCGACCUAGACAAGUUUAUUCCGCGCAACAAAAUCCCCAAAGAAUUCUCCGGCGACGAGAACUGGACCUAUAAGUACGAGGAGCCCGUGAAAAACGAGAACGCGGUCAUGAAAGACACCGCGACGCGCGACUCGCUCAUGUACGACCGCAUGAUGAUCGGCAUCCGGAUGAUAAGUGCCACAGCAGCGUGGAUCUCUGCCAGCUCGCAGUCUAAUGGGAAGGAAGAGGUGUCGAAAGUGGAGGAGCUCAAGUCGCGACGGAAUGCUGUUAUUGAUGAGUUCCGGGUGAACUAUUGGAAAUUGGACCCGUAUGUUCGAGCGCGGUCGUUCAUUGAUCGGACUGGGAUGCUUUUGCCUGGUGGUAGACUUGGUCCAGAUGAGACUACCAACGGUCAGGCAAAUUAG